AUGUACGUGGUCGCAGACAGUGUGGCAGAGGAGAUAACUAUGUACGUGGUCGCAGACAGCGUGGCAGAGGAGAUAACUAUGUACGUGGUCGCAGACAGCGUGGGAGAGGAGAUAACUAUGUACGUGGUCGCAGACAGCGUGGGAGAGGAGAUACCUAUGUACGUGGUCGCAGACAGCGUGGGAGAGGAGAUAACUAUGUACGUGGUCGCAGACAGCGUGGCAGAGGAGAUAACUAUGUACGUGGUCGCAGACAGCGUGGCAGAGGAGAUAACUAUGUACGUGGUCGCAGACAGCGUGGGAGAGGAGAUAACUAUGUACGUGGUCGCAGACAGCGUGGGAGAGGAGAUAACUAUGUACGUGGUCGCAGACAGCGUGGGAGAGGAGAUAACUAUGUACGUGGUCGCAGACAGCGUGGGAGAGGAGAUACCUAUGUACGUGGUCGCAGACAGCGUGGGAGAGGAGAUAACUAUGUACGUGGUCGCAGACAGCGUGGGAGAGGAGAUAACUAUGUACGUGGUCGCAGACAGCGUGGGAGAGGAGAUAACUAUGUACGUGGUCGCAGACAGCGUGGGAGAGGAGAUAACUAUGGUUCAGCUUUAUUCCCUCCAAGUACAUGGAAUAAAUACCUGGACGUAA